AUGGAGUCUGGUACAUGUAAAACGCCUGCAAGGGGAUUGAGCACAUCUAAAUUGUUUACCAGUUUGGAUAGGUGGGUGGAAUCUGGCACAUGUCAGGUGAGAAUUGGUCUUCGUGUUCUGACACGACCUAUGCCAGAGAGACUACCAACUAUGUACAGGACCCUGGGGGAGAACUAUAACGAGAGAGUGCUGCCUUCAAUCAUUCAUGAAACACUCAAAGCUGUGGUUGCCCAAUACAAUACCAGUCAGCCAAUCACACAGAGAGAGGCUGUGAGCAGGGAGAUCAGGAAGAUUCUGACAGAGAGGGCGAAGAACUUCAACAUCGCUCUGGAUGAUGUGUCCAUUACCAGUCUCAGCUUUGGUAAGGAGUUCACUCAUGCCAUUGAAGCCAAACAGGUUGCUGCUCAGGAAGCUGAGCGUGCCAAGUUCAUUGUUGAGAAGGCUGAGCAAGACAAGAAAAGUGCAAUUAUCAGGGCACAGGGAGAGGCAAAGAGUGCAGAGCUGAUUGGUAAUGCCAUUGCCAACAACCCUGCUUUUGUGGCGUUCAGGCAGAUUGAAGCCGCCAGGGAGAUCGCCCACACCAUCGCAGCCUCCAACAACAAGGUGUUCCUCGACUCGGGCGACCUGCUGCUUGGGCUCCAGUCGCUCAAGAUGUUGAACAACAACAACAAGAAAUGAGACU